AUGUCUUAUCGACAAGAUGGGGAUCUAUAUUGUAUGGAUUUUAUUGAAAAUGAGCCAAUAACAAAGUCGAAUAUUGUCUUUGGAAAAUGUUUAAAUUGCGAGAAGAAACGAAAUAGCGUUGGCUGGUGUAAAGAUUGUGAAAUUAAUGCUCUAAAAGAUAAUUUUAAAAACUGGACGAGUGGAAAUAUUAAUAUGGAUAAUUUUAUUAAACACACACAGUUGCACGCGAAUGAAAGUGUGGAUUACUUGGAAUAUGUUAGUUUCGACCAAUUCGAUCUAUUGGAAGACACGAAUAAAGGAGGCGCAUUUAGCACAAUUUAUUCAGCAAUUUGGAUGGAAGGCCCUAGAUGGGUGUGGGAUGAAGAUACCGAACAAUGGACACGUAAUGGACUUAUAAAAGUUGCUCUUAAGAGACUUAACAAUUCACAAAAUAUUAGUGAAGAAUAUUUUAAACAACUUUAUAAAUAUCAUCGAUGUUUACAAAGUAGAAGUACUGCGGAUUUUUAUGGAAUUACAAAAGAUCCUACUUCUAACUACAUGUUCGUUAUGAAAUAUUAUGAGAAUGGAGAUUUGCAUUCAUAUCUUGAUGAAGCACAAGGAAUGCUAUGUUGGAGAGAUAUUGUAGAUAUGCUUUGGGGGAUAUCUGGUGGAAUUGAAAAUAUUCAUGAAAGUGGAUUAAUUCAUGGACAUCUUCAUGGAGGCAAUUUAUUGGUUGAAGAUGAACCAGGAUCGGCCGAAAUAUGUAUCACGGAUGUAGGGUUACACGGUCCGAUUGAUAAAAAAGAUACAAAUGAAAUAUAUGGAGUUCUUCCUUAUAUCGCUCCCGAAAUCUUGAAGGGAAAUCCACAAACAAAGGCUUCAGAUAUUUAUAGUUUCGGAAUUAUCAUGUGGACUCUUUCUGCAGGGUUUCGUCCAUGGUACGAUAAACCGCACGAUCUCAGAUUGGCUAGUGAAAUUUGCUUUGGUCUUCGUCCUGAAAUUAUUGAUGGGACUCCAAAAGUUUACAUUAAAUUAAUGACACAAUGUUGGCAUCCUGAUCCUUCAAAACGUCCCACUGCAUCUAAAUUAUCUGAAUUAUUAGGAAAUUGGUUAAUUGCUAUAUGUGAUGACCCAGAUCCAUCCGAAAUAUCCGACCAAUUUAAUGUUGCUGAAGAGAAAAAAUUCUCAGAUUCAGAACGAAAUAAAUUUCGACAACCAAAAAUCCAUCCCCAAGCUUUUUAUACGAGCAGGCUCUUGUAUUUUCCCGAAUUAAUUAAUAUUUUUGACGAUUCCGAAAUUCCUCGCGAAAGGAAAAUCUAG